GUGUUAUAACUUUUAUUUCUAUGCACAUAAUUUCCAUUGUUUUUUAUUAAUAUAUUUUAGUAAGAAAAAUGGGCAAAAACGAUGGGGAGUAGUCAAGAGGACCAACCCUACUUUCACUCUUCACCAAGAAAUAAAGAAAUCGCAGAAAGACCUCACAUGUAAAUUGAUCACGUUUUUUUAGACAAUGUUUUGUCUGAGAAUAACCAAACUUGGCUUCACUCAUCACUACAAAAUCCUUCAUUUUCUUCUUAGAAGAACUAUACAUUUUUAUAUAUAAAUUCACACUAAUUAGUUACUUUUCAGACUCCAGUUAACAAAGGAUCGAUUUCAAUAACUAGCUUCUCUGGAUCGGAUUAAAAAUAUAUAUAGAAAAGAUGCAACAUCAUUCAGAAGUGAAGCAGCCUCUUUGCCCUAAGCCACGCCGUGUAUGUCCUUCUCUUCCUGACUUCCUCAAACCUCUCUCAUGUUCCCUACACUCCUCCACCUGCCAACAAAGUACGGAGGGAAGAAGCGACGUUCUUAGCAUUAUCGAUAAGGUGCAGCCGAUAGAAGGUGGAACAAUAGAGUCAAUGUGGUACGUAGGGUCUCCACCUAGGAGAACCGGAAAUCCUCUUGUACACGACCUUCAUUUCAUUCACUGUCUCGAUCUUCUCCCCAACUUCUCAAGAUCCAAGGCUUGAUCUUCCCAUCUUCUUAAACUACGUCCCUCUUCUAUACAUAUAUGAAUGCAUAGCCAUUAGCCACACACAUACACACAAAAGAAACUCCUCCUUGCAUACACUACACUGCCAUAUGGAUCGAUCUUCGAGUAAAGAUAGAUGUGAUGUCAAAAUCCUAAAACAAAAACUUCAUAAUUAAAGUAAACGCUUUCUGCACAGAUCGAUGUAUUAAAGUUUGGAGUAUAUUCUUUAUAGAAAUGUAUAUGGAUUUUCUCGAUCAAGAAGAGUCUCCACUAAGAUCAGCAGGAUUAUACUACAGUACACAAUGAAUGCAGAGACUUAUUUGACAGAAAGGCUAUUGAGAUACCUGAAUAUGAUUUGGAUGCUAUUUAUAAUAUAGAAAUUGGUUUUCUAACAUGUUCUCUCUUUUUAGUUUGUUACGCCUCAUUUUGUCUUCAUUUAAGACAUGUACUUUAUAUAUAUAUAU